CCCAUUCAGAAACUGUAAAGUAAACAUUUUAUAAUUUAAAAUACCUCGAACCAUUGGCUUAUGGUUAAAUCCAAUUUCAGAAAAAUUUAUUUGUUAUAGAAGACGAAGUAACAUUUACCAGUACCUCUGCGAAUGGCAGGCACCCCGUUGUGGUGCUGUUUGGCGCUGCUCAAAGACAUCAACAAUGACAAGACAACCCCUGCAAACGUCCAAGGGUAAUGGCAACGACAACGAAACAGCAAUUCCCACGACAGCCGGUUCUACGCACCGGAAUUGACUCCGAUUUCAUCCGACCAAGGGCUAUUCUUUCGGCGAUCUAACCCCGUUUGGAUCGGUGAGUACUAAUUUGUGUGUGUCGACACUGGAGCAACGCCUUGCAGAAGGGUUGCUCCGCAUCCUCCUGACUCGUGCUGGCAUUGAGUCCAACCCGGGCCCGGAGGAAUUUUUCUGCUGCGUCUGCGCAAAAAGGCUUCAUCCAAACUCCACCUCGGUCAGGUGUAACACAUGCAAUGGAUGGAGCCAUCUUAAGACCUGUUCAGGCCUUAAGACCCACAGGGAGUGGACCACGCGUUACGUGGCCCCAUGUUGCCUGCGCAAUACUGCGAUACAGGCCUCUACGGCUGUGCAAUCUGAACACAGUUCGCGCGCCGCGCCGCCACUCAAUCAGAGUGGCCAACCGAGGACCUCCACGGUCAGGAGCUCAACCAGGCAACAUAGCUCCCACUCUGACUUGACUCCAGAGUAAGAUCGAGGGAUAGUUUCACUUAUGAAUCGGGAACGUGUAUCGAUAGCUGCGGUCCAAGAAACCAAGUUAAACAGCCGCUCAGAUCUUCUGAGUUGUGCAGGUUUCAACGUUAUACGUAAAGAUCGCGAGCGAGAUAGUGGUGGUGGCCUAGCUUUCAUAUUGCACAACACCGUGCAGUAUCGUCAAAUCGAAGAAGACAUCGACCCCAGGGAUACUACCCUAGAAUGUCAGGGCAUAGCUAUCCGGUCAGGCGAUGUCGAGCUCGAAAUAUUUAAUAUAUACAUCCCCCCAGUUACAUGUUGCCCUACAGGAUAUCACCCGAACAUAGGUGCGCUACUUCGUGGUGAAAACCGUACGGUACUAGGCGACUUUAACGCGCACCAUGAUCUUUGGCAUUCCUGCCUGUCAAAUGAUCGUAGGGGGAUGGAGCUGGCGGAACAGAUUGACGACUCGACAUUCUGCACAAUGAAUGACGAAGGCCCCACCAGAGUUAUGGGCACCUGUAACAGCUCGCCCGAUAUUACCAUCGCAAGUGGUGGUCUGAUAAAUAGCAUAACCUGGCGACCUAUGCUAACUCUCGCAUCAAACCAUCUGUCCAUAAUUAUCUCGAUUGAGAAGCCUCCUGAUUUCGUUUCUGUGGACAACCGUACCUUCAUUAACUUUAAAAAAGCUAAUUGGGUCGGCUUCACAGAAUUUACCGAGAGCACCUUCAACGCUCUACCCAUUCCUACGGACGUAUGCGUUGGCAAGCGUCAAUUCCACAAGGUGAUCGCAGCAGCUACCGCUCGCUUCAUCCCGGCUGGAAGAAUAGCGGAAAUCCGCCCCAAUUUCCCAGCCGAAGCAGCUGUUCUAGCUAACGAGCGCGACACCUUACGCCAUGCCGAUCCCGGGAAUCCCCGAAUAAGGGAUCUCAAUUUGGAGAUUCGGCGUAUGGUAAAUCAACAUAAGCGGACGAAAUGGAUAGAGCACCUGAAGUCCUGCAACCUCUCUACCGGUGUGAGUAAGCUUUGGGCUACUGUCAAAGCUUUGUCUAAUCCGAAGAGACAUGACGACCGAAUUGAAGUUCAAUUCAAUGGUCAUGCCUCUUCGGACCCGACCUUCACUCACCACCUCAGCCUAGCCAGCCACCAGCAUGGUUUCCGCAAAGUGCACAGCACCACCACAGCACUUAGCGUCAUAAACGUCCAGAUAGUUCGUGGCCUCAACCAGAAACCACCCUGCGAAAGAACGAUCCUCGUAGCGUUGGACCUGUCAAAAGCUUUUGACACGGUCAAUCUAACAACGCUACUGCAGGACAUCGAAAAGACCACUCUCCCUCCAAGGCUAAACAGGUGGACCAUGAACUAUUUAAACGGUCGUCAGUCAUCCGUACUAUUUCGAGGUGAAACAUCUAAAUUAAGAAGAAUUAAACAGGGGGUUCCGCAGGGUGGUGUCCUCUCCCCGUUACUGUUUAACUUCUAUAUCUCGAAACUUCCCCAACCACCACAGGGAGUUUCCAUAACCUCGUACGCAGAUGACUGCACGAUAUUGACGCCGGGCAAUGGAAUCGAUGGCAUGUGUUCGAAAGUAAACAGCUACCUCUCCGACCUUUCUCGUUUCCUCACUGCACGAAACCUCCAACUUUCACCCACCAAAUCCACAGCGACCAUUUUUCUAACUGGACGAAUGAGUAUAUAUUUCAGCUUAAUAUUGCAGUCGAUGGCGUCAAAAUUCCGACUGUCAAUAACCCUAAGAUUUUAGGCGUAACCCUCGAUAGUCUAUAGGUACAGAGCCGCAACAAAAUCCUCAAGUCGCUAGCCGGCAGCACAUGGGGAAAAGACAAAGAAACGUUGCUGGCAACAUACAAGGCAAUCGGCUGGCCGGUCUUCAACUACGCAGCACCAAUAUGGUCGCCUGGAUGCAGUGGUACGCAGAUGAGGAAACUUCAGACCUGUCAGAAUACAGCACUCCGGACCACGACGGGAUGCCUCUUGAUGUCUCCCAUUGAACACCUCCACAGUGAGACGCGCAUGCUACCUGUAAAGGAGCAUAAUCUACUCCUCUCCAGGCAGUUCCUGCUGGGUUGUUUCCGUAGGAAUCACCCCUGCAGCCACCUGCUUGGAGCGGAGCCGCCUCCCAGGAGCAUUAAGAGGUCAUUCCUCGCCUAUGUCGACGAUAUCGAACAGUACGCCGACCAGACUUCGGACGCAACAAACUUUCGACAGGCACUGACCGCCAUUCACAGUGGAGCCAUCAACACCUUCACCGACACCCUUCCCGUGAAUGGCGUUCUUGGAGUCAAACCACCUCCUAUUGCAGACGAAGAGCUCCAGUUGCCGCGAGAAACGCUAGUGACCCUAGCGCAACUUCGUUCUGGAUACUGUAGCAGGUUAAACUCCUACUUAUCCAGAAUCGACCCCGACAUACCUAAUGUAUGUCCUGCAUGCAACGAGUUCCCGCAUGACACUGGCCACCUCUUUGCAUGCCCCACAAACCCUACCCAUCUAACACCUUCCUCCCUUUGGUCCGACCCCGUCGAAACAGCACGUUUCUUGGGCCUACCGUUAGAUGACCUCGACGACAAUACAAACAACCCUUACCAUCCUAACGGGGAUUAGCUAACCGUUAACAACAACAAAAACAACGAAACAGCGCCGGUGCAGGUAAAGGGUAUUCAGGAGCUCUACAUAAGUUUAGGUUCCUGAAUACCAUAUCGCCAGAGGAGCGUGCGCAGUUUGAGAAGCAUGCCAGGGAAGAUGAUGACGAUAUGCCCUCAUGCAGCGGCGCUCAGCAGAUGACAUUCACUGCGGCGGGACACUCUACCACUUCUUCUCCUCUUUCGAGCACCUCCGGUACAAGCCCGUUGCGACUCCCUCAAAUCAGAGCAGCUGAGUUUUGGUGGUGUUCGCUACAAGAGUUUAAGUUGGCUGUCGGAUAUCGUUUCCAAGAUGGUAGGCUGGAAGGAUCCCGUCCUAUACACAAAGAGGAGAGAGGACAUUUCGCUCAUGAGCAGCGCGACGGUGUUCCUCUCAGAUGAGCAGCAAGCAGCUUUGCUCUCGGGCCAAAACGAGGGAAUUAAAAUCCAGCCCUGGCGAAUGGCCGAAAGUAAAAUUUAGAAUUCAGGAUGGUGGCUGAACAUCCGAGAGGAGAGGUUCCGCCUGAACUAUCGGUUUAGCUCAGUAGUCUUGGGACCCUAUUGGCCCAAGGCUAAUAAGGAUAGAGGAACUGUCGAGAAAAUGCUGGUAUAUGAAGAAGCCCCUUAAUCCGGCCUAUCGGGCUGUCACUCCGAGAGCCUAGUGGAAGUCCCAAAUGAGGAGUCAGGCGUAAAAGGAGCGAGCAGCUAGGAACACACGGGGUAAAUCUUUCAUAGAACUAAUUAUUAGUAAUAGUCUGCAAAUUGAGAAUGCGGGUUGUGAACCCACUGAUAUCACAGUGGAGGGUAUUAUCAGAACCAUCAAUGUCAGAUCACAGAAUCAUGAGAUUCGGGCUGAAGGUAGAGGUCACGCAACUUCCCCACAGAUGUAAUGUUACUUCUUUAAUAAGGCGAUUAGAUCCGCUAAAAUACUUGUUGUCCAGCAAAAGCCAUAUCAGUUAGAGAACUCGCAAGAGAACUAUAACCUGCAAACUUCAUCAAAAAGGCUAUAGCUUCGUUUGCGAAAUUGAAGUCUCUGGGAGUGGACGGCAUCUAUCCAACAUUUUUAGAACAGGAAGAGCAGGUUCUACUGUCCUAACUUGUACGACAAUAGAGGACUACGAAGAUGAUCUUUAUACCCAAAAAGAACCAUUCACUGGCGAAAUCUUUCAGGCCGAUUAAUCUAACUUCCUUCUUGCUAAAGAGUAUAGAAAAGGUCGAAGGCGCUGAAAACUGCAUCUCUGCAUGCGAACCAGCAGACAGGUCGGUUGGAUUAAACAUCAACCAAUCGAAGGCGACCACUGUUCCGUUUUCGAGACGUAGGUGCCUGCCCAGUCUCAGGAACCUAGCCCUUGAGGGAAGAGGGUUAGAGAUGACUGAUAUGGUCAAUUAUCUUGCUCUGUGCAACUUAUAUUGAUAUAAUACCAAGGUUCCAAUAGAAAAUGCUUAGGACAAUCACAUAUUCACCAUGGUACAUGUAAAGACCUUGGUAUUCCUAUGGUAAAGAAAGAAGUGGAAGAUAGCAGAAUUAAAUAUAUUUCUAAACGCCGAUAUCACCAAAACCCAUUGGCUAAUGCUUUGGUACACUCCUGCGAUCAAACACGUCUUAAAAGAAGAGAUAUGCCUGUGUACUAAAGAGCAACGUAUCACCAAAACAGCUCAAUCACGCUUGAGCUUGUCUAGUUUUUAAAUAGAUUUAUGAUUUUAUAACUAAUUGUUAGACUUAAAAAAAACAGAUCCAAUAAAUAAAAUAAUAUUGAAAAAAAAACUUGGAUUCAAAAAAAACUUGGAUUCAAAUCUACGGUGGAAGCAGCAUGUUGUUCUGAUCAUGGCCAUGGCCACCAUGAUCGUGCUACCGACUAACCGUAUGCAGCGGAGACUUGGGCUUCAAAAGUAUUGGAAGGAUUUCAACUAUCAAAGCUGCAACGAUUCGCCUGCAUCUGCGCGUCGGGUACCAUGCGUACAUGGCCGACGGCAGCACUUAAAGUCCUGCUAGAAUUCAUACUUCUUAAUCUAGUAAUUGGUCAGGUAGCCAAACAUACACUGUUGCAAAUGACAGCAGAAGAGUUUGGCAGAUUACCAAAAGAGUAAGCUUCACUAAGAAGCUUAAAGCCUUGGCAGUUAGGCAGAAUGGCAGGACCACUUAGCAAAUUCGGUGUGUAGAGAUAAAUAUC